UGGAGCAGGUCACAUUCGUCGUCCGUCGAGCAGCCGCAUCAUGUACAGGUUCAUGGACUUCUGACUGGACUGCUUUAACCAAAAAAUCUUCACCCUAAGGCUCAGUAUCAUUUCCAUUUAACUGUUAUCCAUGAGAUUCUUCAGGCUUACCUUCAAGUGCUUCGUCGACUGCUUUUGAAUCUCCUUUGUCACCGGCUGAACUGACCGCUGCGCUUUGUGAUAUUUUCCAUCUCUUGGCUGAGCUGAGGGUUUCCAACGUGUGAUAAAUCACAAAAACUGCGAUUUUUUUUGUUUCAAGAAGGCGAAAUAACAAACUCAGAAAAUCAAAAAGACAACUGGAGCACUGCAUACCAAGGCUACAUCUCUCUGUCUGCCUCUGAGCCCGCCGGGUGACUCGUUAGCCAGGCACAUUUAUCAAACUUGAGCAGCCCCUGGCUAAAACCAUCAGCCAGUUUGCUUUUUUGAAGAAAAAAUAACAUUUAUUUUUGUGCUGAUACCCAACAACAUGUCACCAGAGUUGGAAGAAAAUAGCCAAGGUGACAUCAGUCUCCCCCAGAUGGAGGCAGGGACCCUCUCCGAGGAGGAGGGCGGGGGGUCAGCUCGGCCCCUGGUUCCUGUGCCAGGAGCGGGCCCUGGUUGUGGUGAGGGUGGGGGGGCUGGUCCACCGCAGACCCAGGACGGGGCUGCAGCUGGGACUGGAAAUGGGGCUGUAGCAGUGCCAGUGGCAGAGAGAGAAACUUGGACCAGACAGAUGGACUUCAUCAUGUCCUGCGUGGGUUUUGCUGUCGGCUUGGGCAACGUGUGGCGGUUCCCUUACCUCUGUUACAAGAAUGGAGGAGGGGUUUUCCUGAUCCCCUACUUGCUGAUUGUGUUCAUUGGAGGCAUCCCAGUCUUCUUCUUGGAGAUUGCACUGGGCCAGUUCAUGAAGCAGGGAGGGGUCUCUGCGUGGAACAUCGCACCCCUUUUCAAAGGUUUGGGCUUGGCCUCAAUGGUGAUAGUGUUCUUCUGUAACACCUACUACAUCAUGAUUCUUGUGUGGGGCCUCUACUUUCUCUUCCACUCUUUCACCAACCAGCUGCCCUGGGCCACCUGUGGACACACCUGGAACACCCCCAACUGUACACAGGAUUUCCGCCGCGCUUGCCACAACCGCAGCGCUGCCCAGCCGGCUCUGCCAUCAUCUGCCAACCUUCUCUCCUCCACGUCUACAUUGAACCUGUCUUCAGCCCAACUCUUCUUCAACGGAAACUGCACGGAGGCUGAGGGCUUGCGGUCCCCAGUUAUCGAGUUCUGGGAACGUAAAGUGCUACGUCUUUCUGGUGGGCUGCACGAGCCUGGUGACAUCAGCUAUGAGAUGGUGCUGUGCCUCAUAGCCACCUGGAUCAUUGUUUACUUCUGCAUGUGGAAAGGAGUUAAAUCUACUGGCAAGGUUGUUUACUUCACAGCUCUGUUCCCCUACUUGGUUCUGGUUGUUCUUUUGGCUCAUGGCGUCACUCUACCUGGAGCUAUAGAUGGGAUUAUUUACUACCUGAAACCAGACUGGUCCAAACUCGGAGAAGCACAGGUGUGGAUUGAUGCAGGCACUCAGAUUUUCUUCUCCUAUGCCAUCGGACUGGGCGCCCUGACUGCACUGGGCAGCUACAACCGCUUCCAUAACAACUGUUACCAGGAUGCAUUCUUGCUGGCCAUCAUUAACAGUGGAACCAGUUUCUUUGCAGGCUUUGUGGUGUUUUCUGUGCUCGGCUUCAUGGCUGCAGAGCAAGGCGUGGACAUCAGUAAGGUAGCAGAGAGUGGUCCAGGCCUGGCUUUUAUAGCCUAUCCCAAGGCUGUGACUCUGAUGCCUCUGGCGCCGCUCUGGGCAGCACUUUUCUUCUUUAUGUUGCUGAUACUGGGCCUGGACAGCCAGUUUGUAGGAGUAGAGGGUUUGAUAACGGGAAUCAUGGACAUGCUACCACCUAAAUCUGCCCUGGGCUCCCUGCGGCGAGAGGUGGUAGCUGCCAUCUGCUGCUUCAUCUGCUUCCUGAUCGACAUGUCUAUGGUCACUGAGGGAGGGAUGUAUGUCUUCCAGCUGUUUGACUACUACUCUGCCAGUGGCAUCACUCUUCUGUGGCAGGCCUUCUGGGAGUGUGUGGUGAUUGCAUGGGUCUAUGGCGCAGACCGUUUCAUGGAUGACGUGGCUCGUAUGAUCGGCUAUCAGCCCCUACCCUACAUGAAGUGGUGCUGGUCCUACAUCACACCUUUUGUCUGUGUGGCAGUGUUCCUGUUCCAUGUGGUGAACUACAAGCCCCUGACCUACAACACAGUAUACACUUACCCUUUGUGGGGUGAAGCGCUUGGCUGGGCGCUGGCCCUGUCCUCCAUGCUCUGUAUCCCUAUCACCGUUCUCUACAAACUACUGCGCUGCAAAGGAUCAUUGCGGGAGCGGUGGCAGCACCUAACCACCCCAGUUUGGGGCCGACAUCACCUGGAGUACCUGGCCCCGGAGAGCGAGGCCAAGCUGCUGCCCCCUGCAGGAACCAAGAACACACUUCUCUUUGAAAGUGUCAUCUGAUGAGCUGAGCCCCACAGAACACAGAGCCAAGGUCACCCUUGACAUCAGCACACAUAUGCACAAACACGCAAACUACACAGAAACACACACACACCACACAAGCCUGGUAAGAGCAAAGUGCAGAUUAGUUACACAUCCCAAAGUUUUUAAAGCUCUGGAAACAACCUGGACAAAUGGACCAAAGAUUAGAUGGGAGAACUGAAACACACCCGCACCCAUACAGUCAUCACACGCUGAUACACCCUCUGCUCUGCUUUCUGACUCUACCUCGCUGAAUCUCCCCUGUCUUUCUGCUCCCCGCCUCUGUGCUGUCCCGUCCUGUCUCGUUCUGUGAGUGUGAUGUGUCCAGUGUAGUUGCGAUAUCUUCCCUUUCUGUGCCUGUCUGUCGGGUUUAAAAAGCCUCAUCCGUCCCAACAUGUCACACCAUGUUGUGCUAAAUGAGCAGAAACUUAAAAGAUUCUGAUUAAACUUUCUAAAUGAAAGACCUCAUCUCUGCUGCUGAUUUGCCAUGGUCUGAGUGUGUGUGUGUGUGUGUGUGUGUGUGUGUGUGUGUGUGUGUGUGUGUGUGUGUGGAUGCACGUAUGCUUGUGCCUGUGUAUCUGUACAUAUGUGUGUGGGCGUGUGUAUGUGAAUGUCAGAAGGAGUGUGUGUUGGACCAUGGCAGUGGUGUCUUCAUAUACAUGUCACAUAGUCUCUGGCCAUUGUUUUCUGCCAACUGUAUUAUCUCAAUUAACUGUAAAAAAAAAAAAAAUACUGAAAUAAAAAUAAAAAACCCAACUUCCAUUUGUUAAAAAAAAAACAUAAAAAGACAAUGCAUCACCACUUCCA